AUGGAAACACAUUUUUUUAAAAAGGUUCAAAGAAACAGAACCCAUCCUUUAAUAUUUCAGCCUAAUAUAACAAUUUGGCAGGAACUUGGAAACCAACAUAUAAUGAAUGAAUCUAAUAUAUCUAAUAUUAAUUCUAUUUUGACAAUGGAAAAUUCAAAUAAUGAGGAUGAUGAAUAUACAGAAUUCUGUGAAAAUACAAUAAUCAAAUUUAAGAAUUUAUUAAGAGAGACACAAGAUCUUUUAGAUGAAUCUAUCAAUUUACCUCAGAGAAAAAAGUGGUGGGAAACAUCUCUUCUACGAAUGGUUCAACAAAUAAAAGAACAUAAACGUCGAUUAACAAUGCCGAGAACAUGA